CAGGGGGAGGAACCGCGGGCUGCGCUCGGAUGGCGAGCCAGGACUCCAGCUCGGGGCGCGCGGCGGACCCGGAGUGACCGACGCCGGUGGAUGGACGCUGCAUCCCGGUUCAGGCUGUUCACAGCGCAGCAAUGACGGGCAACCAGGACUCAGACCUGCAUGAGCAGCGCAGAGGACCAACGCGGGAGCAACGGAAUGAGGAGGACGAGGCGGAGAGGGAGAAGGUGCACGUGUCAGUGGAGAGAGAGGACAGGGAGCAAGACGGGAAGGAAGAGGAGGAGGAGGAAGAGGAAAAAGAGGAGCUGCCGUAUCCCACUCUAGCACCAGUGGUGCUUUUGGCUCUGACCCAAACCAGCCCUCCCCGCUCCUGGUGCCUUCGAGCUGUUUGCCACCCAUGGUUUGAGCGCGUGAGCAUUUUGGCCAUCCUGCUGAACUGUGUGACUCUCGGGAUGUUCCAGCCCUGUGACCACACGCCUUUCCUGCUGCAGGCUCUGGAUGAUGGAAUCUUUGUUUUCUUUGCCGGGGAAAUGGUAAUGAAGAUGGUGGCUCUUGGGGUCAUAGGUCACAACGGUUACCUUGGCGACACAUGGAACAGAUUGGACUUCUUCAUUGUCAUUGUGGGGAUGCUGGAGUACUCGCUCGACGGACACAAUGUCAGCUUGUCGGCCAUCAGGACCGUCCGGGUCCUGCGCCCGCUGCGAGCCAUCAACAGAGUUCCCAGUAUGCGUAUCCUGGUGACCCUCCUCCUAGACACUCUCCCCAUGCUGGGCAACGUGCUGGCGCUGUGCUUCUUCGUCUUCUUCAUCUUCGGCAUCGUUGGCGUGCAGCUGUGGGCGGGGCUGCUGAGGAACCGCUGUUUCAUGGGAGAGGAUGUCAAGACGAGAUAUAACAUCUCAUUCCUGAGAGGCUACUACCAGCCAGAUGGCACCGACGACCACCCCUUCAUCUGCUCGAUGGAGAGAGAGAACGGAAUGCUCCGAUGCACUGACGUGCCUCGCCGCCGCGUCAGCGGGACUUCCUGCUUCCUGGACGCCGAGGAGGCCGGUCCGGAGAUGGGACUCAAAGUAGACGAAGCGGCGUCGUGUGUCAACUGGUACCGGUAUUACAACGAGUGCCGCGCGGGCGAAGUGAACCCACACAAAGGAGCUAUUAACUUUGACAACAUUGGAUAUGCAUGGAUUGCCAUUUUUCAGGUAAUUACUCUUGAGGGUUGGGUGGACAUCAUGUACUACGUCAUGGAUGCACAUUCUUUCUACAAUUUUAUCUACUUCAUCUUCCUAAUUAUUGUGGGCUCCUUCUUCAUGAUCAACCUGUGCCUGGUCGUCAUAGCAACCCAGUUUUCUGAAACUAAACAGAGGGAGCACGCCCUGAUGAAAUCAGAGCAGCGCGCCCGGCAGCUCCACCAAUCGGCUUCCACGCUGGCCAGCGACAGCCAACCGGGGAGCUGCUACGAGGAGAUCAUCCGCUACGUGGCGCACUUGGGCCGCAAGGCGUGGCGCCGGAUGUCCCGCUGCUUCUCCCAGACGCGCACAAACUUCCACUGCGCGUGCAUGUGCGCCUGCAGGGAGAAAAGCCGAGGAGGGGGCGGAGCCGGAGAGAUGAACGGACUCGCGCACCGGCACUCGGGACACGUUCCCAGCGACCUUUCGCACCUUCAUCAGCUUUAUCAUCAUCAUCACCAGCAUCAUCAGCAGCAUCAUCACCAGCAGCAGCAGCAUCAGCAGCAUCAUCAUCAUCAUCCCCAGCAUCAUCACGGGGUCAGAAAUGGAGAUGGAGGGAGCGGUUUCAACUAUCCGUUCAUAUCGCCCCUCCUCAGCCUCCCGGAUGCGACGGCCCUGGACCACAAGAGGCUCGUAGCCAAGGAGGCCGUGGACCGGCUGCCACAGCUGGCGGCGGCGGAGCACGGCGGCUGCAGCGGGCACCCCGGGUUACCAUUGCCAGGUGAAGUCCAAGGAGAGUCCUCAGUAUGCCCCUACUGCAUUUACUACAACCAGCUUAAGGACAGCGAAAGUGUCAACGAGCGGCCCGAGGAUCAGCAUCAUGGCUACAGCAACUCGUGCCAUGGCAACAGCCCGUGUCACAGUAACAGCCCGUGUCACUGUAGCAGCCCGUGUCACUGUAGCGGCCCCCGCCACGCCGAUGCACAGGUGUCUGAGCCAACGAAAGCGCUGUGCAAGCGCUACUGGGCGGUACUCCAGACUAAACUGGAACUCAUUGUCGGCAGCAGAUACUUCAGCAGAGGAAUCAUGAUUGCCAUCCUUAUCAACACGCUGUCAAUGGGCAUAGAGUACCACGAACAGCCGAAGGAGCUGACAGAUAUUUUGGAGAUCAGUAACAUGGUGUUCACAAGUCUGUUCAGCCUGGAGAUGGUGCUGAAGCUCAUGGCUCUCGGGCUCUUUGGCUACAUCAAGAACCCCUACAACGGCUUCGACAGCAUCAUCGUCAUCAUCAGCGUGUGGGAGCUUUCGGGUGACGCAGAGGGGGGGUUGUCGGUGCUCCGUACGUUCCGGCUGCUGAGGGUUCUGAAGCUGGUCCGCUUCCUUCCCGCCCUGAGGAGGCAGCUGGUGGUGCUGAUGAAGACGAUGGACAACGUAGCCACGUUCUGCAUGUUGCUCAUGCUCUUUAUUUUCAUAUUCAGUAUCUUGGGGAUGCAUUUGUUCGGUUGUAAAUUCGGUUUGCUGCAGGACAGUGGAGACACUUUCCCCGACAGAAAGAACUUUGACUCUCUGCUGUGGGCGACUGUCACUGUGUUUCAGAUCCUCACCCAGGAGGACUGGAACGGGGUGCUCUACAACGGCAUGGCCUCCACCACGCCGCUGGCCGCCCUCUACUUUGUAGCCCUCAUGACCUUCGGCAACUACGUCCUCUUCAACCUGCUCGUGGCCAUUUUGGUUGAGGGCUUUCAGGCCGAAGGAGACGCCAACAGAUCCGAGACGGACGAAGAGGGCCAAUCGCUCAGUUUCGAGGACGAGGAGAAGUUGAGGGAGCUGUACGCCGCAGAGCUCAAGAUUCAGGCCAUGAUGCUGAGCCCCAAUGGUCUCCUGAACCCGAAGGCCUCCAUGCCCCCUCACCUCCCUCCCCCUCUGCCGGUCAUCACGCACACGGCAGCCACGCCCAUCAUCACCUACAGCCAGUCACGCCGGGCCAGCGCCGCCUCCAUGGACGCCCACAGCCCGGAGCAGAGGUCGCCGCUGCCGUCACAGGUCCCGUGGGACUGCGGCUCGGAGAGCCGUCGCUCCAGCUGGACCAGCAUCGGCCGGGCCCCCAGCCUCCACAGGAGGAGCCAGUCGGGGGAGAUGGAGUCCCUGCUGUCCGACGCGCACACCAGCUCCGACCUCAGCAGCAGGGAGCCGUCGCUGGACCAGUCGGAGUACCUGCAGGUGCCCGCCCUCCACUCGCCCGACUGCAACGGCACCACCUUCCACCUCCCGGACGACGGCCCCCUGGCCGCGCUCUACCACAGCGAUCAGGAGGACGACGAGGUUGAGGAGAGUUUAUGUAAGAAGGUGAAGAAGAUUCUGGAGCCGUACGAGCCUCAGUGGUGCCUGGAGCACGAGGAGUGGUCGCUCUAUGUGUUCGCUCCACACAACCGCCUCAGGUUGUGGUGUCAGAGGGUCAUAGGCCACAAGAUGUUUGAUCACGUCAUCCUUCUCUUCAUCUUCCUGAAUUGCAUCACCAUAGCACUGGAGAGACCCGACAUACCGUCCAACAGCAUGGAGCGGGUCUUCCUCAGUUUGUCCAAUUACAUCUUCACGGUGAUCUUCGUGGGUGAAAUGAUGAUCAAGGUGGUAGCUAUGGGCCUGUACUUUGGAAACGGUGUCUACCUGCAGAGCAGCUGGAAUGUCUUAGACGGAGUGCUGGUCUUUGUGUCCAUGGUGGACAUCCUGGUCUCCAUAGCAUCAGCAGGGGGUAAUCGAAUCCUGGGCAUCCUCCGUGUGCUGCGUCUGCUGCGCACACUGCGACCACUCAGGGUUAUAAGUCGGGCUCCUGGUCUAAAACUGGUGGUGGAGACUCUGAUCACGUCUCUCAGACCCAUCGGAAAUAUCGUCCUCAUCUGCUGUGCUUUUUUCAUCGUGUUUGGAAUUCUGGGGGUCCAGCUGUUCAAAGGGAAGUUCUUCUAUUGUGACGGGCUUGAUGUGAGCAAAAUCAUGAAUAAAACCCAGUGUCUGGGGGCGGGAUACCGAUGGGUUCGACGAAAAUACAACUUUGACAACCUGGGACAGGCACUGAUGUCUCUGUUUGUGCUGUCAUGUAAGGACGGCUGGGUCAGCAUCAUGUAUGAUGGCCUGGACGCUGUCGCAGUGGACAGGCAGCCAAUAAGAAACAACAACCCCUGGAUGCUGCUGUUCUUCAUCUCUUUCCUCCUCAUCGUCAGCUUCUUUGUGCUCAACAUGUUUGUGGGCGUGGUGGUGGAAAACUUUCACAAGUGUCGGCAGCAGCAGGAGGAGGAGGAGGCGCGGAUGAGGGAGGAGAAGCGGCAGAAGCGGACGGAGAAGAGGAGGAGAAGGGCCCAGGAGAAGCCGUACUACGCUGACUACUCCCCACUGCGUCGAUCCAUCCACACCGUGUGCACCAGCCACUACCUGGACCUCUUCAUCACCAUCAUCAUCUUCACAAACCUCCUCACCAUGAGCAUGGAGCACUACAAUCAGCCUCGGUACUUCGAGGAGAUACUGAAGUACUGCAAUUACGUCUUCACGGUGGUUUUUGUCAUCGAGGCAAUUCUCAAACUCAUCGCUUUUGGCCUGCGCCGCUUUUUCAAAGAGAGGUGGAACCAGUUGGACCUCGCCAUUGUGUUGUUGUCCAUCAUGGGAAUCGCACUGGAAGAAAUAGACCUGAACGCUUCCCUCCCCAUCAACCCAACCAUCAUACGCAUCAUGAGAGUCCUCAGGAUAACGAGAGUGCUGAAGCUGUUGAAGAUGGCGACAGGAAUGAGAGCUCUGUUGGACACAGUGAUGCAAGCCCUGCCUCAGGUGGGGAAUCUGGGUCUGCUCUUCAUGUUGCUGUUCUUCAUCUAUGCAGCUCUGGGAGUUGAGCUCUUUGGAAAACUGGAGUGUUCGGACGAGAACCCAUGCGAGGGUCUUAGUCGCCACGCUACCUUUGACAACUUCGGAAUGGCUUUCCUCACCCUCUUCAGGGUGUCUACCGGGGACAACUGGAAUGGGAUUAUGAAGGACACGUUGCGAGAGUGUCGCCCGCAGGAACGCCACUGCCUCACCUACCUGCCCCUGAUCUCUCCCAUCUACUUCGUCACCUUCGUCCUGACGGCUCAGUUCGUGCUGGUCAACGUGGUCGUGGCCGUUCUCAUGAAGCACCUGGAGGAGAGCAACAAGGAGGCGCUGCUGGAUGAGCUGGAGGAGAAAAAAGAGCGGGAAGAGAUGAGGGAGCGGGAGGAGAUGAGGAAGUGGGAGGAGACCAACCGCCGCCUGAGCACCGCGUCUCUGGGCGGAGACCCGGCGCCGAACGCGGGCGCACCUGCUCAGCUGCAGGUUGAGGACGAGGAUUGUUCCCAUGGCAACCUGCUGAGCAUAGGACGCAUGCUGUCUCUCCCCAGCGACAGCUACGUCCAGCCACUCAGAUGCUCCCCUUAUCCUCCCGUUUGCCACGAGGCGUAUUCCGGCUACAGCUACUCAGGCUCUAUGACCUCUCUGGGCUCCAGCGGAGGCGGCUCACUGCUGCAGGUUCCCGGCGCCCUGCCGGCCAUCAGCCACGCAUCGCUGGGGACCGGACGCAGCUCGAGGCCGAAGAUCUUCCUCAGCCCGUCUCAGAGCAUCGACUGGCACCCGUCGCACAGGCCCGGCCCGGCCGACGGCGUCGACGGCCACAGGUCCAGCCCGACCCACCGGAUGAGCAGACACAGGCUCAGUUCGGCUCACAGCAUCGACGAAUACAGGUCCAGCCCGGCCCAUCGGAUGAACAGACACAGACUCAGCUCCACCCGCAGCAUGGACGGGUACAGGCUCGACGCGGACCGCCGCGCCGACGGGCCCGGCGUGGAAAGACACUCCUCACUUCGACUGAGUUCCGCCCACAGCGCCGGCGGACGUCCUUCUCAGUGGCUCGGCCCCGAAGACAGCUUGGACAGAAACAAGCUGAGUCCCUCAUACGUCCCGGAUAGCAGUUCGGUCCUGAGGAGGCCGGCGUCCUUCCACACUGCCAGCAGACCGCUGCGGAGACAGGAGGCCGUGCGCUGCGACUCUCUGGACCAGAGCGGUUCGGCCGACGACCUGGCGGACUCCCGGCCCGCCGCGUCUCCCGCGGCGUCCCGCCAGCGGUCGUCCAGUGUCCACACGCUGAAGUACGCGCACCCCCAGCGGGUCAUCUCCAGCAGGGGCCACAGCGGCAGCCAGGGCGAAACCACCGGGCCGGAACAGGCACCCGGGCAGGCCGCCCGCGCCUCGCAGCCACAAGCAGACGCCGAGGCGAGGCCCGCGGUCGGCCCGCCGAGGCUGUCCAGCCUGAAGGUGCCCAGCGGCGAAUCCGUCCCGUCGGACCCGGGCCCCAAGUUGGACGCCGCCGACGAGGAAGUCAGCCGCAUUAACAGUUCCGCCGAGGCACACUCGCGCGCGCAGCUGCCUCCCGGCUCGCCGCCCAAAAGCAGACGCCCGAGCCCGAGCCCCGCGGAGCAGGGGAGCCGCCUGAGCCAAUCGGCGUCUCCGGCCUCGGGCGGGAACAGGAAGCGGAGGACCAGCCCGCCGCCGGGGGAGGAGCGGGUAGCCGUGGCCGCGCCGCGGACGGACAGCAGCGUCGAGCUGAGAAGGCGGACGCUGUCAUUCGACGCCACGUCCAGCCCUCCAAAUCAAUCAGAGGAGGCUCCCGCGGACGACUAGGGGGACAGCAUGUGGGCGUGUUGGUUGCUUUGUUUGAAGGAGGAGGAGUCAGAUGUGCAGCUGAAGCACACAAGCGAGGAGGAGGGGGGGGGCGCGACCCGCGGCCCUCAACGGGAAGCGUUUCCUGUUUUGGGAGACGCCGCUCCCUUCGUCACAACCACAAGAUUUCCACUGGGCGUCUGAGAAGAAGUCUUUCGGACUUUGCGUAUCGGUGCGUGUUGGAGGACUCGAACCCGCCGUGCUGUUUGCACGCCAGAUGCACACAAGAAGACGUUUGCUUUACUUCUGUCAUAGUCCUAGCUUUAGUUCAGACACGGUAGUCACUCCCCUGCUAUAUUUACUCAGACGUUAACCUUCCGCUUGCUUGUCGUCUUCUCUCGGCCCUCACUGUCUAACUUAUUUUCUCCAUUAAUCUGCAGAUUAUUUCCUUGAUAAGUCAAUUGAUUUUUUGGUCGACAAAAUAUUCACUACAAUGAGAUGAUAAAGUCUCCACAUGUGGGAUUCUUGAACCAUGAUAAUUAAUUGAUGGUCAAAUGAAUUGCUGUUUCUGAUUCAGUUGAUAGAGUUUUCAAAGUUUCAAACACAGCGUCUCAUCCAGUGUCAAAAUACCUUUUUUGUUUGACCGAACUGUUUACUUUUUGUAAAAUUCCUUCGUUGCAUAUACUGUGGCGCAGGAAUUACAAUUUAUGUUCAUGAAAUAAAUAGAUUUUUAAGUAAUGAAUUCACAAAAGUUAGAACUGACAAACCCUUUUAUAUAAAAAAAAAAUGCGUAAUUUGUAAUUGCACAUCCAUAUAGAUUGAUGCAGGCACAUUUUGUUGGAAAGAAACUCGAAAUUGUAUUGCGGCUUGUUGAAAGUGGAGCAACAUAAGAAUGUUUCGUCAAACCGUGUGAAGGUCUUUUUGUUUUUUACACGUCACACAUCUUUUCCUACCUCUUAGCCUACACUAAACUGCCACUGGAAGUUGCUUCAUCAUGCAGUAUUUUGCCGGUCAAAUCAAACACGGCCGUCUUCGUGAUGAUUGAAAAACCUUCGCAGCCUGAACCCGAUCACCCACCGACUGUUCAUUUUCCGCUCGCAACCUCUGAACCGCAAAAUUGCGUAGUGCGUCCUCGGCUUUAGUGGUUUCUACCUCUCCGUACUCCUGAUCCCCUCACGAUCGAAUGUGCCGUCCGUUUGCUUUCUCGCCCAUUCCUCUUUCCUGCUUUAUUUCGCUCUGUCUUGGUAUUCUCAGGGUAGAGGUAGUUGAGUAUGGAGCAUGUUGAUCGCAGGUCUGCAGAGUGAAAAGGCCCCCUGCUGUCUGAAGCUGGCCCGUCUUACCUGACCGCUUAGGGGAGAUUUAUUGUUCAGACAGAAGGGCUUAUUCAGGUCAUAUGUAACGGCGUGUAAAACUUUGUAGAAAAAGCUAAGAUUAUAUUUUAUUAACACAACGGCGAUGAUAUAAGAAGUAAAAAUGGUGAAUUUCUACAUUUUGAAUGUCAAUUUAUCUCCUGGUGAUGAGGAUGAUUGAUGAUGAGGUCAGAGUGUAAGAGGUUGUUGAUUAUGAUAAUGACCAUGAUAAUGAUGACUCUGGGUGAUGCAGUUGUUCAUGAUAUAAUAAUAUAUAUAUAAUAAUAAUAAUAUUAUAAUGUUCCUGCAGAAAGAAAGCAGGGCAUGACACAGUGAGCUCACCUGUAGUAACAUGACUGGACAGUUCUGGAAUAAAACCACUUUCUGUCUGACUUUCA